AUGUCGCGGCGGUGGCGGUGCACUACUUCGGCGUUGGCGAGGCGCUACUCGGACACAGAUUACGACGAGGAGGAGAAUAUCACCAGGCGAUGCCUUUCAUGCGAGGAUGAUUACGACCCCGAAAACGCGGGAACGUGCAAGGUAUGCUACGAGGAAGCCAACGAGACAGAGGAUGAACUCAAGCGGGAGAUCCAAGAAUUGAAGUCGAAUGUUUCAUUCCUGAAGCUGUCUUCUCCCAUAUAUUCUUCCACCAACAGUUCCACCACCGAUGUCACCCUUAUUCCCUCUGAUUACCCUUCUUCUGCCUGCGUUCCAGCUCACAAAGCUGUCCUGGUUAGUCGCUCUCCAGUUUUCAAAGCAAUGCUUGAGAAUGAUAUGGAGGAGAGCCGGAGUGGCACCAUCAAGAUUUCUGAUGUAUCAUAUGAUGUUCUUUAUGCAUUUGUUAACUUCUUAUACACUGCUGAAGCAUGCCUUGAUAACCAAAUGGCACGGGACCUAUUAGUCUUAGCUGAAAAAUAUGAGGUAAUGCAUCUUAAGGCGAAUUGUGAGAAGUAUUUGAUGGCUGAUAUGAAUUGGGAGAAAGCUAUUGAAAACUAUGCCUUUGCACAUCUACACAAUGUUGAACAAUUACUAGAUGUAGCCUUGGCAAGGAUCACAGACAACAUGCACAUCCUCACUAUCAAUGAAGAUUACAAGGAGCUGGUGGAAACUAAUCCUCGUCUUCUUGUGCAAAUAUUUGAAGCAUAUCUUGCCAAACAGGAUAAUAUUGCCGACCCCCUCAAGCUAUAG